AUGAUUACUCCAAAGGUAGCCCCAACAACUAUGACGAUAGUCGUACCGGUAUUUGAUAUCGACGAUGUUUCGUCAUUCGUAUCCGAGACAACACCUCCUCCGCUGCCAGCUCCUUCGCUGACACUCACGCUUAUUCUUGAACAAUGUUUGGGAAGACGUGUUAGUGGAGGAGGUGGUGUCUCGGAUACGAAUGAUGGAACAUCGUCGACAUCAAAUACCGGUGCGAUUGUCGCCAUCGUUGUUAGCGCUAUCUUUGGCGUAAUCAUGUUGAUUAUAUUCGGUUGCAUAAUUAGAAAUUUAAUAAUUAAAAAGUUAAUUAGAAAACGAAUAAUUCGGCCAGCACCUCGAGUGGCUCAACAGCGUCCUGUGAGACAAGCACCUGCUACUCGUAUUUCUUCAUCAGUUCCUGUUGCAUUCACACCACCACCAACUUAUUCGGAAGCACCCUCGCCACCACCAACUUAUUCGGAAGCGAUUAAAAUCGCGGAAAAUAUUAACUAA